AUGGCCACGGUCCGGGAUCCCAUGUUCUGGAAGCGCUUCAGCGUCGCAGUGCAUCAAGAAGAAGCAGCGAAGGAGGAACAGGCGAGUCGACCGGAGCUUAAACACUCGUACGUCAACUCCCUUUCCACGUCAGAACUCCCAUCGCCCAUCGCAACACCCACAUCACAAUCGCACCUUUCGCCUGCCUUCGGCUCUUUUCAACCACAACCUUUAUCACCGGUCGCCAUGCGUCCUCUUUCUCCGGAGACAGCCGCACUCGCGCAGCCCACGGCACCCGCGACACCCACAACACCUAGGCGCCUCACAAAAUCCCCGUCCGUAAAAGCAAAACCGAGGCAGCCGAAAUCGCCGCGCAGACCCUCGCUCGCACACAACCCCUUCGCACGGCACCACAACUCGUCCCAGUUAACACUCGGCUUGUCCGGCCGCCCGCAAUCGCGCUUCAAGUUCUGGACUUCGGUGACCGCUGACCCGUCAAACAGAGACUCAUGGCUCGAAAGCCAGCGGAAGAAGAAGCGGCAGAGGACAUAUAUGUGCUGGGCGUUCUGGCUGUGCUUUUUCGCGCUUGUCGCGGGAGUCGUGGUCUGUGUCCUGCUGCUGAAGGCAAAGAAGAUUAUAUGA